AUGGCGCUUAAGCUUCCAGCGGGAGAGGCUGCUAAGGUGGCCUUUAGUUCAAUUGGUCGUGGAUAUGAUAUCUCCUUGGAUCUUAGACUAAAGUAUUGUAAGGGUGAUUCUCGUUUGAUCGAGAUUGAUGAGGAUCAGGGUCUUGAGAUUGUUCUUCCAACUGGAGUUUCAGUUCCUAACGUGUCGAAAUCUAUCAAAUGCGAUAAAGGGGAGCGGACGAGGUUUCGUUCCGACGUUCUCACCUUCCAGCAGAUGUCUGAGCAAUUUAAUCAAGAGCUAUCAUUGACUGGAAAGAUUCCUUCAGGGCUCUUCAAUGCUAUGUUUGAGUUUUCUGGUUGUUGGCGGAAAGAUGCUGCGUACACCAAAACCCUUGCGUUCGAUGGAGUAUUUAUAACGCUGUAUACAGUUGCACUAGAAAAGUCACAGAUGGUGCUUAAGGAUCACGUGAAGAAAGAAGUUCCAUCGACAUGGGAGCCUGCGGCAUUGGCAAGGUUUAUUAGUAAGUUUGGCACUCAUGUUAUUGUUGGCGUGAAGAUGGGCGGUAAGGAUGUAAUUUACAUGAAACAACAACAUUUUUCAUCACUCCAACCAGCUGAUGUGCAAAAAAAGUUGAAGUCUAUGGCAGAUAAGAGGUUCAUGGAUGCAAAUGCACAAAAUGAGCUGGAUUUAGAAAUAUACCAAAGCCAGAAGUUUGAAAUGAAGGAGUCACGGCUCAGGUUCGCAGAUAAUGGCACAUUAAGUUCUUAUUCACAUAAAGAUGACAUCGUUAGCAUCUGCAAAAGAAGAGGAGGAAGUGAUGGAGGAAGUUUGACGCACAAUGAGUGGCUACAAACAGUUCUGUUGGAGCCCGAUGUCAUCUCAAUGUCCUUUAUACCGAUAACAUCAUUGCUAAAUGGCGUUCCUGGAAGUGGAUAUUUGAGUCAUGCCAUAAAUCUGUAUUUGCGCUACAAACCACCAAUUGAAGAGCUUCACCAGUUUCUGGAAUUCCAGCUGCCUCGGCAGUGGGCACCUGUGUUUAGUGAUCUUCCCCUUGGCCCUCAACGAAGACAGCAAAGUUCAGCUUCAUUGCAGUUUAGUCUCAUGGGUCCCAGACUUUUUGUAAAUACUACAGUGGUUGAUGCGGGCAAGCGGCCCGUGACGGGGAUGAGAUUGUACCUUGAGGGCAAGCGCAGCAACCGCCUGGCAUCGGGCCUCAUAUCCACACUCAUCAGCACCCACUUCACGUCCCCCCAGAAGAAGCCUUUGCCGGCCAUGCAGGAUGUGAACGUCAAUUCGGCUGUCUACCCUGGGGGGCCUCCCGCGCCCGCGCAGGCCUCCAAGCUGCUGAGGUUCGUGGACGUGACGGAGAUGACGCGGGGCCCGCAGGAGCCGCCGGGGUACUGGGUGGUGUCGGGGGCGAGGCUCGUGGUCGAGCGCGGGAAGAUCUCGAUCCGGGUCAAGUACUCGCUGCUCACGGUUGUACAACCGGAGGAUGAUGAUGUGGUGGAAUGA